AUGGUAAAUGUACAGCAAUAUAUAGAUGAGAAUUAUCCUGUCACAAGUCGUGGUAAUAUUACUGAGUUGGAUCUAAGUAAUAAAAACCUAGAAGGAAUUAUAAGAUUUAACAAUAGCGGGUUUAUUAAUCUUCUUAAACUAAAUAUUUCUUUUAAUAUGUUAAUUAAUGCACAUUAUACGGGAUUACCUUCUAUUCAACAAAUUGAUGUUUCUCACAAUUUACUUACUGGUACUCGUACAUAUUCUUCCUCCGCUAUACAAAAGCUAAAUUGCUCAUUUAAUAAGAUAUCUAUUUAUAAUCUUAACACUCCAAGUCUUACUCAUUUUGAUUGUAGCAAUAAUUUAAUAAAUACAAUACAUAUCUCAAACAAUGUCUUGGAAGAAUUAAAUUGUUCAAAUAAUCCCAUCACUUUGGUGCCUUUGAACAUUACUUCUAAACUUACAUCUUUUGAUUGUAUGGGAAUUCAAUAUAAUAAAAAUAACACUACUCCAACCACUAUUUCAACUUUCUUACCAAUUAGUCCCACAUCUUCCAAUUCUUUUAAUACAACACCUUUUAAUUCUUUUAACAACUUAAAUUUGGUAAUAGGUCUUGGCACAGUUUCAAUUUUAAGCAUUUUGGGAUGGACAAUUUUAGGUGCAAUU